AUGCUCACAGUGCAUUUCCGCGCAGAUGACAUUGAUUUCGGUGGUUCCAGACCAGGCGUCAAGAACAUCCUUGGAGGUGCAGCUUCCUUCGCUGUCAUUGGCGCUCGCCUGGUUUCAGGAGCUGCGCAUGCACGAUCUGUCAGUUGGAUCGUUGAUGUUGGCUCCGACUUCCCUCCCGAGGCACUGGCUGUGAUCCGGUCCUGGGACACCGAUUGUGUCUUCAGAAAGGAUCAUAGCAGGCUUACAACCAGAGCAUGGAACGGGUAUCAUCCAGAUGAGAAGAGGGGUUGGUCAACAGUCUCAUUCGACAGUCGAAGAACCAUCGCUGACAAAGGAGAUAUAGAUUUCAAAUAUCUAACGCCGAAGCUAAGACUAGACCCUUCUAUGCUAUCAGACACACAAGUCUGGUCUCGUACGUUUCAUAUGGUCUGCUCUUCAUCUCGCUGUAUAUCCAUCGUGAACGGAAUAUUGCAGCGGCGGGAUGAGCUGCAUCAGGCAGGUCAGGCCCCCUCCCCCGAGCAUGCGUCAACUCGACCCAUCUUUGUCUGGGAGCCAGUGCCAGAUCUUUGCACACCGGAAGAGCAAGAGAAUUUCUUUGCAGCUAGCAGAGUUGUGGAUGUGGUGAGCCCCAAUCAUCAGGAAUUGGGUAUGAUGUUCGGGCAGCCUGGGUGGUCACAGGAGAGCGAGGAUGGCCAGCAACUCGUCCAAAGAAUUCUGGCCUCUGGAAUCGGUCCUAAUGGCGAUGGGUGCCUUGUCAUAAGAGCAGGUAAGGAGGGAAGCUACGCGUUCUUGAAGGCCCAGAAGUUGUGGCUUCCCGCCUAUCAUCAACCGGGGACGUCGGGUGCUAGGACCGUUGUCGACCCAACAGGGGCAGGCAAUUCUUUCCUGGGUGCAUUGGCCCAGGGAAUGGUGUCUGCGGGUCGUGAACCGUUCAUUGUCAUUGAAUCUAUACUAUCGACCUCUGAAGCCUGGAGAGAAUCUCUCGAAUCCUGGGGACUUCGCAGUAAUCUGCCCAUGGCCCUGAUCUGCGCUACCGUUGCUGCAGGGUUCGUGAUAGAACAGAUUGGUGUUCCGCAUAUUUCUAUGUCCGAGAACGGGGGGAAGGAAUUGUGGAAUCAGUCUGAAUUUACGGAACGAGUCCGCCUGUACACGCAGCGAUUAUUUAGGACAUUAGACGAGUCUCCUCAGAGACACCUGUUGACCAAUUGA